AUGGCUCACUGCCGAAAUCCAAUUUUAUAUAAAAUACUUCUCGCAAAAUGCCCAGCAAAAUGCGGUCUAUGUGAUAAGCCAGGAGCGCUUGGGAAAUGUCCAGAUGCCCACGACAGUUGUCCUGUGAUUGCACGUUUUCCUGAUGCUUGCAACAAUGAAAGAAUUCAAAAAAUACUUGCAGAUUCAACUUCAACAAUAGCAGUCACUCGUCCAGCUUGCGCUGAUCAAAGAACUAAUUGUGAAAAAUAUGCGCCCUUCUGUCGCCAUGAAAGAUAUUCGGCGGUUCUGAGUACCAUUUGUCCGCGUACUUGUGGACUAUGUGUUCGUCGAUAA